AUGGUUUUAUUGCGGGUGGAUAUUAGAUUGAAGUCGUUAUUGUCCUCGCGCACGUACACCAAAAGGUCUACUCGUAUGUUCGAUAAAGGUAAACAAUAUUAUAAUAUUUUACAUAAUAAUAAUAUUAAUCGUAAAAAUUGUAUUUUUAGGUAUACGCUGCGGGCUAGUACAGACGAGCAAACGGUACGCGAAAGCCAACAACCAUACGAUGACGGACUUUGACGAGACGAAAGACAACUCGUGGAUAAUAUAUCAGGAUUGUAAGUAUUCAAUAAUAUACAAUAAAGUAUAUAAUAAAAUAUAUCUUAUAAAAUCGUUUUCUGUUGAUUUUAGGUAACAAUUUGUACGGGUGGGCGAUGAGUCAAUAUAUGCCCCACGAUGGAUUGAAGUGGAUUGAACUUACAUUAGACGGUUUGGACGAAUUAGACUAUACUUCACCCAUAGGGCGGGUAUACGAGGUAGACAUUGAGUAUCCAGAAAAUUUACAUCUCGAACGUAAUGACCUCCCGUUUCUGCCAAACAAUAAUAUCCCGCCAGGUUCUAUAUUUAUAAUUUUUAUUUUGUUUACAGAAUUUGCUGUGUUGGAUAUUUCGAAGACGAUGAUGUAUAACCACUACAAUGUUAUGAGGAAACAUUUCAAAAACUCUAUACAGUUGAUGUACACCGACACGGGUAAAUUAUCGUUAUUAUUAUUAUUUUUCAGAUUCGUUAGUGUAUCACAUCAAAACCCAUGAUUACUAUGAAGACUUAUUGAGAAAGCCGGGGUUGUUAGAGUGUACGAACACAACCAACUUACCAGUCAACCAUAAAUGUUUUACUGCUGAAAGAAAGAAGAUUCCAGGUCACUUCUCCGAGGAGUCGGAUGGAAGGACCAUAACCGAGUUUUGUGCGUUGCGGGCAAAGACAUAUGCGUACAAAAUAGAUGGGAAAGAAAAGAUCAAGGCCAAAGGAAUCCGUGGACACGUCGUGAAGAAUCACAUGACUUUUGACGACCACAAAAAGUGUUUGUUUGGUGAGGAUAAUCUGGAUCGGCAUAGACAAAAUGUUUCCAUCCGUUCAUUCCACCAUCGACUAAAGACCAUAAUAACAAACAAACUGACUUAUAAUAAUUAUGACGACAAGAUGAUUACACUGGAGGAUAAGAUAAAUACAAUGGCGUAUGGAUACCGCGACCUACUUGAAUAA